CGCGGCCUAACGGCAGUGGAGGAAAACGCGGCGGCGUUGGUGUUUGCGAGGCUCACGUCUGCAGUUCCCGCGGCGGCGCCUGCGAGGAACUCGGGCUGUGGACCGAGGCGGGCGGUGCGCCGCUGGCGACGUCGUGCGAUGUUGGUUCUGAUAAAAGGGUUCCAGCAAUGCCUGGAUCACCUGUGGAAGUGAAGAUACAGUCAAGAUCCUCACCUCCCAUCAUGCCACCCCUCCCACCAAUAAAUCCUGGAGGACCGAGGCCAGUGUCCUUUACUCCUACAGCAUUAAGCAAUGGCAUCAACCAUUCUCCUCCUAACCUGAACGGUGCACCAUCCCCACCACAGAGAUUCAGCAAUGGUCCUGCCUCUUCCACAUCAUCAGCAUUAACAAAUCAGCAGUUGCCAGCCACUUGUGGUGCUCGACAACUCAGCAAAUUGAAACGGUUUCUUACCACUCUGCAGCAGUUUGGUAAUGACAUCUCACCUGAGAUUGGAGAGAAGGUUCGGACACUUGUCCUAGCGCUGGUGAAUUCAACAGUGACUAUUGAAGAAUUCCAUUGCAAGCUCCAAGAGGCCACAAAUUUUCCUCUUCGUCCUUUUGUGAUUCCAUUUCUCAAGGCCAAUUUGCCCCUGCUGCAGCGAGAACUGCUGCACUGUGCUCGGGCUGCCAAGCAGACCCCAUCCCAGUACCUGGCCCAGCACGAACACCUUCUGCUUAACACCAGUAUCGCAUCUCCUGCCGACUCUUCUGAGCUGCUCAUGGAGGUGCACGGAAAUGGGAAGAGGCCCAGUCCAGAGAGGAGAGAAGAAGGUAAUUUUGACAGAGAUACCGUUCCUCCUGAACCCCCUGCCAAGAGAGUGUGUACCAUCAGCCCUGCUCCUCGUCAUAGUCCUGCUCUCACUGUGCCUCUUAUGAACCCUGGCGGACAGUUUCAUCCUACUCCUCCACCUCUUCAGCAUUACACCUUAGAAGAUAUUGCAACUUCCCAUCUGUAUCGGGAACCUACCAAGAUGCUAGAACAUCGGGAAAUUCGUGAGAGGCACCAAAAUCUCAGUCUAAAUGGAGGUUAUCAGGAUGAAUUGGUAGACCACCGUUUGACUGAGAGGGAAUGGGCUGAUGAAUGGAAACACCUUGACCAUGCCCUGAAUUGCAUAAUGGAAAUGGUGGAAAAAACCAGGCGCUCCAUGGCAGUUCUCAGGCGCUGUCAGGAAUCUGAUCGGGAGGAACUGAACUACUGGAAAAGACGAUUUAAUGAAAAUACAGAGAUGAGAAAAACAGGGACUGAGUUGGUCUCCAGGCAACACAGCCCCGGGAGUGCAGAUUCUCUAAGUAGUGAAGAAGCUGUGAAUAAGGUGAAAAUUCAGGCCAUGUCCGAAGUACAGAAGGCUGUUGCUGAAGCUGAGCAAAAAGCUUUUGAAGUGAUUGCAACGGAGAGAGCUCGAAUGGAGCAAACCAUAGCAGAUGUCAAACGACAGGCUGCAGAAGAUGCCUUUCUCGUCAUCAAUGAGCAAGAGGAAUCCACUGAGAAUUGCUGGAACUGUGGCCGCAAAGCUAGCGAAACAUGCAGUGGCUGCAAUAUAGCCCGGUACUGCGGUUCUUUUUGCCAACACAAGGACUGGGAACGGCACCAUCGCCUUUGUGGCCAGAGCCUUCAUGGCCAGAGUCCCCACAGCCAGAGCCGACCACUGCUGCCUGGAGGGAGGAGCUCAGCCAGGUCCACUGACUGCAGUGUGCCCAGCCCAGCCCUGGACAAGACCUCAGCCACCACCUCACGUUCCUCAACACCUGCCUCUGUGACAGCAAUUGACACCAAUGGACUCUGAGCCCCAGACUACACUGACCCUGAUGAUCAUUCCACACAAAGGAUGAUUGCAUGGGGGUUGGCUGUUAGAACAUGUAGCUAUAGGGUCAUCAGCAGGAAAUGCAGUGACGACAGGAAGCAUCCAAGCAAUGCCCCCCAACUGCCCUGGGACUUAUUAUCUGUGUCUUGGUGGAACUAGUGUGACAUUCUCUGCACACAGGCAGCCUGCCUGAGCUUCUCUAUGGGUUUCUGGUGUGCUCUUCUCCCUCUGAAAUCACCCUUUCCUGUGUAGUCCACCAGCUCCCCUGCCUCUGUGCAUUAGCAGACUCUGUGCCCAGCCAGGCUGGCAGCAGCUCACCUUCCUACGGUCCUCAUGCAGUGCAAGACUGGAGGCUGGCAGCAGACUGAGGAGGAGGUCCCCUUCCCCCUGAACUGUUCCUUGAGCCCCAUUUCCACUCUCAGCAAGUGAUGCUGAUUGGCCUCUUCGGGACUUGGGUAGGCAGAAACCAGUACUCAGGACUCCCUCCUCAACCAUACUGUUCUGACUCAUUGAGAAGCUCAAAAACAACAGAAAAGACACCACCACCUUAAUAAAAGCACCAUAAUAAUAAAAAGAAGUAAAUCUUCCCCCAUGCAUCAUAGAUCGCUUUGGACAAGAUUUUUCCAACCUAACUGACUACUUUAGUUUGGAACCCAUUUUGUCCCCUCCCACACUUGAUUUUGCUUGUGCAGAAAUUAGUUUCCAACACAUGAAUUGAUCCAAGAGAGAAAAAGACUCCAAUGUUAGUCUUUUCUCUCUGAGCAUGUUGGCCAAACUAGCAUUUAUCCAGUUACUGAGUGGAUUACCUCUUAGAAAUGCAGAAUCCUCUGCCACUGUUUGGUUGUUUGCCCAGUUGUCUUGUUUUGUGUCCUUUUAUCUCAGACCACACAUGUCUGGAUCACCAUGACAUCUUCUGCCCAUCAGCCCUGUUUGGCCCCUGUAGACUACAGUUGUCCCACUGAUGCUCUGUGGAGUGUCAGCAGGACUUGCCCUACUUGUCAAGGCCUGGUCUCACCUGAAUAGCUCUCCUGGACCUAGAGGAAUCCCUCAUGGCCUUCUAUACUGAUUCAUCAUCCAGCAGUUUCCCUUCUCUAAUGUUGUUUGAAACCUCCCCUCUGAGCUCAGAAAAGUUCUUUGAAGUGUAGGAAACAUUUGCAGGAAGCUAACAAAUUUUUCUUCCCAUUUCCAGGGAUUUUUCCAGCUGCUUACUUGGCUGUCCAAACAUGACUUCAGUGUACCCCCUGCAGAAUGUUGGGUACUGUCUCAUAUAUGUCCCUACCAUUUAGGCAACUUAGGGUCCUGCUCCAUGGAGGUAGUGGUGUGAGUUAGUGGCUCUGUGCCUGCUGCCCUGUGAAAGCCAGGAUCAGAUCACCACCCUCAGUGCACGCACUGAGCCUGAAGUAAAAGCUCUUGGGGGCCAGGGAGAUGGCUCAGUAGGCACAAGGGCCUGAGUUCAAUCCCCAGUUCCGCCAAAAAAA